CUCGGAACUCAGAAACUCGGAACUCAGAUCCUCAGUAUAAAUUUUUAUAGAAUAUAUGGUACGAUAGACCACCGAAUAUGAACAAUAAAACACAAUGCAGCAUGUUAACAGACAUAUUAUAUCAACAGGUUGUCGCAACCACAUUUCGCUAUACCUCUGCAUAGUGGUAGCAAUAUCUGUACUGUGUACGCUCGUUUUAAGAUGUACUACGGUUUACUACGAUGUUGAUUUAUAUAGUCCAGGAAGUAGCAAUGAAAAUUUGGCUGGUGCGCUACACCCUACGCCCUCGGAGGUACGUGAUUUAGACUUAGCACCAGGUACAACCAGUGAAACUGAAACCAGUAUAGAGCAAAAAAUACACGAUGAGUUGGAAGAGCUCGAAACGAAUCGUGUGAAGCUUGAUGGCCCAUCUGUACCGGUCUAUAACGACUUACCGAAACAUGAUUAUGACAAGGAGUGGGUCAAGUGUGAACUUCAUGGAGAUGAAAGUAUGGCAUGUAUGUAUCAAACGUUGUGCUAUGAUGGAGGUACAUAUUACGCCGUAGUUGCGGAAAAGGAUAUGGAAGUGUCAGCAUCAAUUGCCGGCUACAACAAUAUCAGUCAAGCGCUGGGUGGCGAUGGAACCUACAAUAGGCAUGUUCCAGACCGUGUUAAAUUGAGCGCCAUGGAAAAUAUGGGCAAACAGUCACGACCCUUCAGGACUGGGAUGCAAAUGAAGACAAUCAGCGCAGAAUUUCUUGAGAGGCUGACAUCAGGGGUCAACGGUUCAAUAUCUUGGCUCCCUGACAAUUCGCUAUACCUGCAACCUUUCUGCAGCAACUGUCCACAUCCGUACUAUUCUCUGAUGGCGCAGAUGCCCUUAUGGAAUGUGAUAAAUAAUGUGUUGAACGGGAUCAAAGAAGUCAUGAUGCCCCGGGCAGUCUUUUUAGACUCUCAUAGAGAUUGUCAGUCACCAUAUUUUCAUUUCUGGUACGACAUUAUAUCCUCAGUUGUCCAAAACAACGGCCUCGUUGAUGUAACGAGCAUUGAUGUUGCAAAUAGACUAGGUAUAAAUGUCAGCAACAACGAGGAAUUACAACGAAGUAAUGGUUUUAUGAUGGACAAGAGCAUCAUCUGGGAUAUUGAAGAGAGACAGAUUGGAAAAUCAAGAUGUGCGAUUGGACGGAAGGAUAUUUCAUAUGAGCACAUUGUCUGUUCAAGAAAUGCAAUUGCCAUGGGCACCCCCAAUGUACCGGUAACUGGUGCCAUCGCUAAGCAUAGGUUAAGAACGGAAACUUUCAAACUCAACAAUGAGCCCAAUGUCGACAUGCAAGCAGGAAUUGGUAACACUGUGCAAGUAGUAAUUGUUGAUAGAGGAGACGAAGGUCGCAGAUUCGAGAAUCCGGAAGAAAUGAUCGCAACAGCGCAAAACAGUUCGCACGUAGAAGACAUCUCUAUUAACGUGACGUAUGUUCGCUCACUCUGGGACUUGUCCAUAUACGAGCAAUUUAAGCUCUUUUCAACGAUGGAUGUACUAGUCAUGGGGCAUGGGGCUGGCGAAACCAAUACAUUUUUUAUGAAAACCAACUCAGCUUUCAUCGAGGCUAUCCCAAUAGGUUGGAACUCGCGUGCAUUUAGAGAGUUGUAUUCAUCUGGUGGAGGAUACUAUCAAUCCAUUGAUGGAUCACUGAACAUCACGAUCGGAGAAGACCAGCGGAAACGAUGGGAAACCGAUCAAUGUCAGAGAGAUACACGUGAUUGGCAGAGAAGUCAUUACUACGAAAUCAGCGGCUGUUAUCAAUUAUUUAAGUACUUCCCUAUCAGAGUCGACUCUGACGAGCUGCUCACAACUCUUCAGAGGGCUUACCGUCAUCUCAAGUAUGCUAAGAACCGUGUCAUUCCUUAAAUGUUUUAGUUGUCAGAAUAGAAACAAAAAUAGCUUUCGAAUAUAUAAAACUACCGGCACGGUAGCUACUUACACGACAUGUGCCGCCAACUGCUAUAUACUAAAAAUUGUACCUUGAACUUGUA